CUUUAGCCACCGGCCUAGCACGAACUCAAGGCAAGGAAGUCAUGGACGGCAAACUGCAGUACAUCACUUUCUACAAUGGUCAGAAGAUGCCCAUUGUAGGCCUGGGUACUUGGCAGGCCAAGGUGGGAGAAGUGGGGAAAGCUGUGGACGCGGCGCUGGCGGCAGGCUACAGGCACAUCGACACUGCCUUCUCCUACCGCAACGAGAAGGAAAUAGGCGAAGUGCUGAAGAAGUGGUUCGACUCUGGGAAGCUGAAGAGAGAAGACAUCUUCAUCGUCACCAAGCUGCCCAUGAUGGGUAUGCGACAGUCGUCGGUGGAGAAGUACCUCAAGAAGUCCCUGGCCGAUCUGCAGUUGGACUACGUGGACCUCUACCUGGUGCACAACCCUGUCGGCAUGCAGGACGUCGACGACGGGACCUUUCCGCCCAAGGGCAAAGACGGGAACGUGCUCCUGGACCUAAACACAGACCACGUCAGCAUAUGGAAGGGGAUGGAGGCGCAGGUGGACGCCGGACGGGCGCGCUCCAUAGGGCUGUCCAAUUUCACCGCGCGCCAGAUCAAGCGGGUGUGGCAGUCGGCGCGCAUCAAACCCGCCAACCUGCAGGUGGAGAUGAACGCCUACUUCCAGCAGCGCGAGCUCAGGGCCUUCUGCCGCGCGCUGGACAUCACCGUCUGCGCCUGGGGUCCGCUGGGCACCCCUGGCAUCUACACCUUCGUGGAGAGGCAAGGCGGCGAUGUCAACAAUCUGCCGAGAUACGACCUGCUGGGAGAUGAAGUCGUGAAGCGCAUCGCGCAGAAACACGGCAAGACCACCGCCCACGUGCUGUUGCGCUUCCUCAUGCAGCUGGAGGUCGUCGUCAUUCCCAAGAGCUCCAACCCCGCUCGCGUUAAAGAGAACUUCAAGGUGUUUGAUUUCGAGCUCUCUGCAGAAGACAUGGAAGCGCUGGAAGCGUUAGACAAGGGACGGAAAGGCAGACUGGGGACCGGAAACCUCCUUCCUGGGAUUGAUAAACAUCCUGAAUUCCCAUGGUACGAACGCUACUAGCUCAGAGGAGAGGAAAGGUGAUAAUUAGCAGUGGUGUGGCUGGCUUCGACUGAAAUGUACUCUUGUCAA